AUGUUAUACUGAUAAGAAAGAUAACACACGUCAAUAUUGUUUUACUUUGGAUGAACUAAAAAUACAGAAAUAAUGAGUGACGAAAAAUCUGAAGAAGUUGACAUAAUGCAGAAUUUAAAAACAGUUUUAGCUCAAAUAGAUGCUGCAGUCCUUAGACGGAGUAAAGACCUGCCUCAAAUCAUACCAAGACUAGUUGCUGUAUCAAAAAUCAAACCAGCCUCUCUAAUCAUACAAGCCUAUGAAGCUGGCCAGCGUCACUUUGGUGAAAACUAUGUUAAUGAACUCUCUGAAAAAGCUAACGAUCCACAGAUACUCGAAAAAUGCAAAGACAUCAAAUGGCACUUCAUAGGUCACUUACAAACAAAUAAAAUCAAUAAACUAUUAGGUUCACCAGGAUUAUUCAUUGUAGAAACGGUUGAUUCAGAUAAAUUAGCAGAUAAUCUGAACAAACAAUGGGGAAAAAUAAGGAAAGAAGAGGCAAAGUUGAAUAUUAUGGUACAAAUUAAUACAAGUGGUGAAGAAGCAAAAAAUGGUAUUGAACCAUCGCAAGCCACCCAACUAGUUGAACAUGUUAUUAAAAAUUGUCCUAAUUUAGACUUCAAAGGUCUCAUGACAAUUGGUCAAUAUGAUUACGAUCAAAAGGCUCCUAACCCAGACUUCCUGACCCUAGCCAAAUGUAGGCAGGAGGUAUGUGAAAAGUUAAGUUUGGAUAUAAAGCAAGUUGAGCUGUCUAUGGGAAUGUCUUCAGACUUUGAACAUGCUAUUGAGUUAGGAGCUACAAGUGUACGAGUGGGUACAACAAUAUUUGGUGUGAGACCAGCUAAAAAUAAGUAAAAUCAUUCGACUCUAUUAGUUUUAUGGGGCUUAUUGAUCUUCUUAGUAACAAUACAAAUAUACAAGUUAUCAUUAUGAUAUUUUAUUUUUGUUAUUAAAAUUAUUAAUAUAAUAUGGAGCUUUUAUUUAUCAGUUUUCAUUCUUUAAUGUUUUUGUAUUAUUGACUGUACAAAUAACUCAGCAUACAAUGUUUAACAUUAAAUUUAUUAGAAUCCAAAAAAAAAACCAUAGUUCCUUAUGAUGA